AUGAUCUUAUCCCUGUUUGGUCUCAUUGCUGCCAGCUGCUUGAUCAAGGUCCUACUUAUAAUCUAUGCAAUCCUCUUGGGAAUUUUGCUACUUGGGCAAGUCGUCGCCAUCAUCGUCCUCGCCACGCAGAAACAGAUGGCAAAGUGUUGCGGCCUGAAUAGUGGAGCCGAUUUUGGCGGAACCAGUAUGCUUAUCUGCUGCGCCUUGGAUGGAAGCAAAAAGCCCCUCGAUCCUACUUGCGCAAUAACACAAACCACUACGAAUAGCUUUUACUUCACUGGCUGCUACGGAGUGCUGUCUGCAGAGUUUCUUAACUGGAUCAACAUAAUCAUCAUCUGCGUUGCUGUCGGUAUUGGCAUACAGGUAGACGACAUGUCCUCCAACAUCAUUCUACAUGACUUUCAGUGUUUCAUGCUGGUAUUACCGGGUAGUUGUUGCUAUAGAGGUUGUUUCCCAUGUGACAAGUAG